GUUAGUUUUGAUUUCUGCUAGUACAUGGAAACUGGAAAGUAGAAACCCAUGAAAUAAGAAUAAAAUCAACAAACAAUUGUCUGGGACAUGAAAUUUAUAAUACCAUGAUUUCAAGCUUGAUUUCACGUUUGACAUUUAUAGAACGCUAUAAGUCUUAUCUGAACGUUUGUUUCACAAUAUAAACAAAUCACAUUAACGGAGCAUAUUGAAAUGGAGGUUCCUAUCGAGACACGAAAACCAUCGAAGAUCGGCUUAUUUUUUAUUGCCGCUACAGGCGGGAUUGCAACAGCGAUUAGCAUCGUGUGUUUUCCAUUUAUCAGCCCUGCAUUUCGCAAGAUAUGUUUGCCGUACGUGCCAGCUACGCGUCAACAAAUAAAGAAUAUUAUUCGAGCGUUAAACAACCGCUCCGGUUCUUUGAUUGAUCUCGGCAGCGGCGAUGGACGUAUUGUCCUCACAGCAGCAAAGCGUGGCUUUAAAGCCUAUGGUAUCGAGUUAAAUACCUGGCUAGUAUGGUAUUCGAGGCUUCAAGCACUGAUUAACGGUCUAUCGAGCAACACUGUGUUUCACAAACAAGAUUUAUGGAAACACCACCUAGGAAAAUAUGAUAAUGUCGUUAUAUUUGGAGUAGAUCAAAUGAUGGAAGAUAUUGAAAAAAAGUUUAAAAGCGAAUUGCGCAAAGAUUCUCUCGUAAUCGCAUGUAGAUUUCCUCUUCCUAACACGCAUCCUGUUAUGACGAUUGGACAUGGAGUUGACACCAUUUGGGUUUACAAGAUACCUCAGAGUUGAAUUUAAGAAAGAUAUUAUGCGUACUUACAUCUUCUAUGCACGACUUAGGCAGUGGAAAGCACAUAAAAAACGC